CGCUCCGGGUGAGCUCGUGCGGCCAGCCCCAGGCAGCAACCGGCGUGGGCAAACAGGGUCUCGCGGGAGGGGAGCAGCGUGCACCCACGCAGGCCGGCGGCCAUGGGCAGACUCAAAACCCCGCUGCUGCUGCAGAGAGGGCACCCCAAGUGCGACCGGCUCGGCAGGAUCAAGAAGCUCGAUUUGUCAAACCUCCAGCUUCGGACAAAAGACCUGGACCUCAAGCUCCUCAACCGCAUGAAGCAGCUGAAGGAGCUGGAUCUGUCUGACAACCUGCUGGAGAGGGUGCCCGAGGGCCUGGACCUCCCCAGCCUGCAGGUCCUCAAGUGCUCCAACAACCAGCUGGAGGACGUGACGCCCCUGCAGCAGUUCUCGGCGCUGGAGGAGGUGGACUUCGAGGACAACUUAUACCUGACGGUCAAUGACAAUUACAAGAUCUCCUCCCUGCUCCCCAACAUCCGAAAAAUCAAUGGGAAGGAAACGGCCUCACUGAUGAAUCAUGUGAAGAUUCUGAACCGGGAACUGACCAGUCGAGUCACUGCUUACUGGGAGAAGAACUACCAGGUCCAGGUGGAGUCCCGGGCCCAGGCCAGGGAGCUCCACAAGGAGUUUGUGAAGUCGGCUGUCAGAGAAGUGCGCUACGGGCCCGAGUCCCUGAGUGAUUUCACCCAGUGGAAGGUGAAGAUGAUCGCCCAGCAGCUGGUAGCCUCGAAGGUGACUGGAAAGCAGGCCCCCGUGGAGGAGGAGGUGGUGGAGAAGGACGCGGACUCAAGCCCAGAGGUUCCGGAGACAACCCCUGUGGAGACCCCGAGGACCCCGGCCCCGGCGGGAGCAUCCAGCCAAGAAUAUGUGCUCAAGCUCUCGGCCUUUAAGUGGAAGAAGAGGCUCCCAUCGGACUCCCCGCCCUGCAAGAGGGCCCGCUCCUCCCCGCCCCCCCCAGACUCCCAGGCCAGCAGCCAGGGCGGUGGCCAGUCUGCCCCAGCGGAGGGCACCCAAGGCCAGAUGGGCUCAGAGGGUCAGGACAUGGAGCUGCAGCCCAUGCACUUCCUGCAAUGCCACAGCAAAGGCAACAGCCCGGACGACUUCAGCACCCAGCUGUGGGCCUGCGCCUUUGAGCCCACCUGGAACGAGGGCACGGGACUGCCCAGAGGCGCAUCCCAGACCGUGGCCACUUGUGGGGGGGAGGCCGUGUGUGUGAUUGACUGCCAGACCGGUCUCGUGCUCCACAGGUACAAGGUGCCUGGAGAGGAGUUCUUCACUGUGGCCUGGACCUUUCUGACCCUUGUGACCCAGGAUGGACGGAAGAAGCGCAGUAGCGUGUUGGCAGCCGCGGGUCGCCGUGGCAUCGUGAGCCUCAUUCACGUGCGCGCGGGCUUCUGCUACGGAGACAUCCGAGCCCACCGGAAACCCAUCGCCAUGGCUUGCUUCAGCCCUUCCCAGGAGACCCACCUUUUCACCGCCUCGUACAACAAGCGCAUCAUCCUCUGGGACAUCGGCCUCCCCGACUACAACUACCACUUUAGGCCCAGCCAACUCCUGGUGUUGGAUGCCAGCGCCACCCCCUUGCGUCUCUGCCCGGUGGCCUCUUGCCCUGACCACUACCUGCUCGCCGGUUGUGAGGAUGGCUGCUUUGCCUGGGACAUACGGCUGGACGAGUCCCAGAAGAAGAGAGAAUGCGAGAUGGAGUUCCUGUUCCCCCAAGGCCCAGGGCGAGCGCUAAAGAGAGUGGACGGGCUGGGGUUUGUGAGCGAGGAUGUUGUGGCAUCCAAGGGCUGUACCCCAGGCUCCAUCUGCUUGUGGAGCUGGAGCCAGUCCCUGGCAGGAAGAGGAGACAAGCGGCAAGUGACCGCCAUCAUCCUGGCUGAGCUCCAGUGGUCCAGCACAGAGCUGUCCUACCUGACCCUCAGCACCUGCCCAGAGAAAGCGUUUGUCUUCUGUGGGGAUGAAGAAGGCAGCGUGUGGAUGUACAACGUCAAGCGCUACCUCCACCAGCAACGGCAGCAGCCCUUGCAGGCCAAGGUGGCCCCCACAAAGAUUCUCAGAUGGCCGGAUCUCUCAGCCCGGGGCAAAAAGAUGAACAAAACUUUAAUCAACACAGCAGCCGUAGACCCUACCUUCACCUACCUUGUGGCUCUGACAGAUACGAACAUCAUCACCAUCUGGAAGAAACUCUAGCAGGCAGGGCCGGGGCUGUGCUUUUCCCCGGUGGGGACUGUGAGGUUUUCCUAAGUGUGCGGUUUUUUAAGUGGAUCGUUUUCAACUAAACUCAAAUUAAAAGGAA